UGCGCAAAGGUCGUGGAUUGUAGACGUGCGAAAAUAUUGGGAAUUUAUCGAAACACAAAUAACUCAGUUUCCAGGAACUCAGUGUUAUCUCAGUGUGCAUUAAAAAGAGUGUUUACUUGUUGUUGAUGUGCUAAAAUACUGGAUUGCGGUGCUUGUGCUGUGGAUCAGUGAAUCUACUUCAACUCGAAAGGAUUUUUUUUGCAUUCACUCACCGAUUAUUAUGUUUCUUCGAUUACUAAGAAUGCCCAGAGCUAAAUCCUAACGAACGACCACUAAUAUGGGUAGUGCAAAGGUAUCCAACGCGCAACCACAAAUAUCAAUGGCUGAGAACGACAAGAAAACCCUAAAAAAACUGCUCAAAGUCUUCUUCAAAAAGGACAAGAAAAAAGACAAACCCAGCGAAGAUGCAGUCAAAACAGAUAAAGAAAGAGACGGGAAUGUUAAUUCUAUCCCUGUCAACACAGUCGCGAACAUUCUAGAUAAAAUACAGUACAAACUGGAAGUCAAAAACGAAAAUGAGGAUGAGGAUGAUGAAUUAAACAACUUUUCGUUCAAAACAGUUCAAGAGGAAGCCAGGAAUGACAGAAUUGACUCACAAUCGUCAGAAGACAGUGGCUUUGCUGAGAAAUACGUAGAAGAAGUGCCAUCAGAUGAUGAUUGUAAAGAAAAAGACGAUGACGUCAUCCUAUCUCUGAAAAAACUUAACUUGGACGACAAAAAUACAGACAAAGACGAUGGAAUCGUCGACGCAUUUAACAAUUUGGAUAUCAACAACGAAAAAUGUCCUUUAUCGGUUAAAAACGACGUUGAUGACGAAACUGUUGACAAAUCUGAAGCUUCCAAUAAAACUGAGGAUGUUGAAAACCAGAAAUGUACUAAAGAGAAGCGGAAACAUAAAGUACUGUUGUGCAGAAAACCUAUAAAGACUAAAGUUGGAGAACCUAGGAAUGCGUGUCCAUACUAUGUACAGCAGUCAGAUCCUUGUAGACAGAUCCAAAUCAACAAGCACACGCUGACCGGUGGCCAAGUCAUUGUGAAUCAGACCAGACACAACGACUCCAUCGAGUUCGACAACGCCUUGAUCCAAGUCCAGCAAUCCUCACAGAACUCCCAGCACGAAUAUGGCGACGAAUGGAUCAACAUCGUCUCCGACGUCAUCGAAAACGACAUGAAGAAGGUCGCGCAAACGAAAGAGACAGACGAAGAUCUGCUCUCCUGCUUCUUCCAAUCCCAGCAGUUGCCAGAACCGGUAGACGUGAACGUCAUGACGCCCCCUCAUCAAGAGCAAUCGCCUCCAAACCCAAUCGAGGAGUUCUCGAAUCACCUCAACUACGAACUCUUUGGAGAGCUGGACUUCACUACACUGCUGCCCUCUGAAAUGCCUCAGCCCAAAGCCCAACAAUUUCUUUUCCCGACUCCACCUCACUCAGAAAACGCAGCCAGUCCCAUGUCGGAUUCCCAAGGGUCUUUUAGGACUUCUGAGUACACCUAUUCCCCUGAUCGAUCAGUCAUUUUCUCCCCUGAAAGAUCAUCCCCCAUUUGCAACAGUGAUUACGAGAAAUUCCAAGAUAUUUCGAACUUCGACGACUCUCCCAUUCAAGAUGAGGUGGUUAGAGGAAGAGAGCGCACAAAUUCUCUUUCUAUGACGAUGAAGCAGUACAAGGAUUUGCAGAAGGAGCUCUCUCAGUCUUUCUCGAAGAAAGAUUGCUGUCAAAUGACUCUGAAGCCGUGUAAGGCGCUGUUUCAAGAGCAUUUGCAGAAAUUGAAGACUGAUGAGAGAAAGAAUUUAUGCCUCAAAGUCGCCAAGAUGGAGCUGAAACAUGCCUAUGGAGUGCUGCAGCACGUCCUGAUCAGCCUGAGCCAGCCGUGCUCGCAGGAGCCGCUCCUGCACGCCCUCUUCUGUCUGCUCGGCGAGCGGGUGCUGUCGCAGGAGCCCGACUGGUUCCAAGACGACUUUGGUGAGUGGUCACUUAAGUUUAGGACGAGAGUUCGAGGAGUCCUGGUCAGCCUGAGCCAGCCUUGCUCGCAGGAGCCGCUCCUGCACGCCCUUUUCUGUCUGCUCGGCGAGCGGGUGCUGUCGCAGGAGCCCGACUGGUUCCAAGACGACUUUGGGCUGAACCUUCUAAAAUCCGCCGUGCUGAGGUGCCCGCAGCGCCCGCUUCUGACGCGAUACCUCGUGCAGUGCGUCCGCACGGCUGUGCGCGUCAACCCUGCGCUUACUGAGGGAAAGGACUCUGUCUUCCACGAGGUGGACGCGCAAGGCGACACCCUGGUGACAGCCUGCGCGCGUCGUGGCGACUCCUGCGCCGACGCAUUGGCCGAGCUCGUACGACGCGACGACGCGACGCUGCUGCCGCUGUUCAGGAUACACCACGUCAAUGCCGACGGGUCUUCGGCUUUGCACGUGGCGUGCAGCGAGCACAGCGCGUCGCGCCCGCGUCUACACAUCGCGCACGUGCUACUAGAGCACGCCGGAGCCGACUUAUGGCAAGGGGACUCAAAAGCGGGUGAUACCCCUGUUCACAUGGCGGUCAACUCCAAGGACUGUGACUUAAAGCUCAUCAUGGUUCUGUUCAAGCACGUCGACAGAAAGGUGUGGAAGAAACUGGCGCACACACCUAACAUGUGCUCGACGACGCCUCUCGAGUAUGCGCGAUCAGCAACCAAGUCUCAAGUAAGAGAUGGAUAUCCUACUGAAGUGCUGGAAUUUCUCAAGAAAUGCCGUUAAAUUGAAGAAUUCAUCAAUGAAAAGCACACCAACAUGUCAAUCAUAUGUCUAAAAAAGUAAAAAAGGUAUUUUGUAGCUGUAACACUGAAGUAUCCCAAAGAAGACAGUGACAGGAGGACGCUACUAUCAAUACAUAUUAAAACUUUUCAAGUUUUGUCGAAUACUGUAAGAUUUUAAAACUCUUUUUCAAUGUACAAUUCUAGAACACUAUUUCGAGGUACAAUAAUUGUAGUUUUUAAUUCGAGACAAAACUGGUGUUACAAAAUGAAAUGGUGAUAAAAAAUAUUGUGCAUUCGAACACGCACAGAGUGUCGAGCGAUUUGUCGCAUGGAUAACUUGCUUUGGACCCCAGGGUGUUUUAAAAACUGCCUUUAAGGAAACUCAAAAACAGCCAACAAAAGCAAAAUAAGACACAGGAACAUACAACUCUAUUUGUAAUCAAUCUGUCUCGAAUUAUAAAGUUGAUGCAAGAAACAUAUGAUACCUACAUUCAUUUUAGAACCAUCCACAAAUAGUUUUGUCUUUAUUAACUAACACGAAAAAGAGUUUUAAAUAAGCUUGUAGACUGAUACCACAAAAUUAACACGAUUUGCAGAUUUUAGUGACCUUCAGAUAAAAACGAAAUUAACACAUUAUAAGUAAAUGAAAAGUACACGAUUUAAAACUGCAUAAAUCAAUACUGAAUUGGAUGAAUAGAUUUUUCUCAUCAAAUUGUACAUAAAUUUUGUUGUAUUACAUUUAGUUAUCGGUGCGAAUUCGUCAGAAAAAUUAACACUUUUCAUGCGAUUUCUACAGACAAUUUUAGUACGAAUUCGCACUGUCUUAAUAAAUAUAAUGCAUGGUCCAAUGACAAUUAUUUUUAAUACUAACACGUAUUUUUAGAGCACUAAAGUACAUAUUUGUAGGCUCCGUUUUCAAAUCAAACAUAAAAGAUAAAUUUUGACUACGCACUGUAAAAUUAGUUAUUUUUUACAUAAAAAAUAUGACGUAUUUUAACUGUAUGGAGACGAAUAAAUCGUUAGAUUUUUAAAUUAGUAAAUUUUGGAAAAAUAAAUUAGGCUCGAUUGCACCAUCUUACUUUAACUUUAACAAACGUCAAGUCUAUCCAACUCCAUUCAAAAAACACCGGUAAGGUUUUAGUCACGGUUAAAUUAAGGUGGUGCAACUCGGCCUUAGUUUUCUUGAAAAAGCAAUCAUUUUGUGUUGUAAAUAUAUUUUUCUAAUCACUUUACUAACAAUUUGAGUCUUUCAUAGACAAAAUUAUAAAAUAAGGAAAGGUUGUUGCUAGAAUAAGUUGAUAUGUAUUACGAAUAUAAAACGUUUCUUAACAGAUGUUAGUGCCUUAUAAAUUGAGAUUAAAACAAAAAUUAAAAUUUCAUAGCUGUUAAGAUUUUUCAGAUCCAUAAUAAUAAUAUACUUACGAGUAAAAGUAUGGAAUCACCCCAUUGUAUUGUUCCGAUCUUAAGUACUGAAUGACUAUGUAUGUAUCUUUGGUAGGUAUCAAUUUCAAGUUUAUAAUAGACCUUCAAAACGGUACCAUUUUUAUUUAUUUUCUAUUAGUAAUUUUGUUUCUAAGACCGCUCGGAACAUAAAGGUGAUUCCAUAGUUUUUCUCUCGAGUCUUUAUUCAAUUAUGGAUUUUAUUAAUUUCGAAUUAUUUGUAUUCGUAUUUAGGCGUUGUGUUAUGUAUGUAUAUUUUGAUUCAAUUAUAAACUCGUGUGUACGUUUAUAAUUUAGUAAGCCAUGUCAAUCAUGAUUUUAGAAUUUAGAUGAACUGUAUAAAAUGACAGUUUUUUUUAUACAUUUAUGUAUAAAAGGUGAUAUUUAAUCAGCCUUACGUAAAAUAGUACGAAGCAUAGUUCGCGCUAAUAAACUUGCAAUCAUGCAAAACGUAAAAAGAAGAAAUAAAAAUUUGUCUAUGCCUUAUGUAUGAUGUGCCUAUCUUUAGGCAAAAAAGUUACUGUAUUUGUUUCAAUUGUUUUUUCUUAUUGUUAUAAAAACAAUUUUUAAAAAUAUUGGCGCGAAUACUAUAGGUCCCGGAUAUUUUAAAGUUAAAAUAUCCAGAAAUAAUAUUAUUAGAUCACAUUGUUUGAAAUGAAAAAUUAUGAAAACUCCUUGAAUAUCGAUUCAUCCAGGAGUCCAAAUGCAUUAACAUAACAUAGUGUAUGUUUUUCUUAUUUAGGAUGUAUUUUUUUCAUUUUAUUCACUUUCAUCACACGGUUUUUUUGGUUUAGUUUUGAUCUCUGCAUUUAUAACGAUCUGAACCGCGUGUUAGUAUUUAGUUUUAUUUAAAAUUCGACCGACAUGCCCACCAUUUUAAAAUUCGUUACCUGUUUGAUCAAAAAAUUACGUCAAAAAAUAUAUUUGAUCAAGUCUUGUAAAUAGGCAUCAUUAUUUUAAGUCAUUAAUAUAAGUAUUGAUUAAUGAAUUAAUAAUUAAGUUUUUGAAAUAUAUUUUUGGAUCGAAGAUAUUGUCGGAGGUUGAUAUUGCUUGAAUUUUGAAAGAACAAAAAUGUUGUGAUUUAAUUUUUCAAUAAAUGGUGCUAUGUAAUGAUUGUUAUGAAAAGAUUUACAAAUAGUUGGCUAGAAUUAAGUUUUGAUAUAGAUUAACAUGAACUCGAGUUUAUACGGAUUUUGAAAACCAACAUAAUAGUCAAAAUCGCAUAAUUAUGUGAAGUUGUGGAGUAACUUUUGUCGAUGAUAUACGUAAAUGCAUAAUAAAUAUAAAUGUAUAACUUCUUUAAACUUGAGAUUUUGUAGCUUCGAUCAAAUACGAAAAUAAAAACGUAGGUAAUUAUUAUGAAUAAUUUGUAAUAAAAUUUACAUUUAAGCCAUUGAAGUUUUUAAUUACCUCCAUUUUGGAAUCAAGAAAACCGUUAUAAGAAUUGACAUUUGUUUUUACAUAAUAAAUUGUUGUAAUGUUUGAA